AUGAGUGACAUGAAUAUUUCUGAGAAAAUUAUGGACAUGGAAAGUGAUGAGGACACUUUCACGUUACAAGUUACUGAUGACAGUGGCUUGGAAGACAAUCUCAAACUUGAGAACAGUGAAAUUCAAGACAUAGAAUGCUCAAAUGAACAUAUCGACGUUGAUCCAAAAGAUAACGAAGAUAUCGAUUUCACGGAUAAACAGUGGGAGUAUUUACCUAGUGCUCUCGAUGGUGUUGAAUUUGAAGUUGGCAAAAAUGGUGCCAAUUUGGAAAAACAACAAGCUCGAGAAGAUAUUCAAUUGUUGGUAAAUCAGAAAAAUUCUACUCAGGUUGAAAAUUUAAAUGGUGAAUUUGAAGUUGGAAGAAUCGACGCUAGUUUGGAAGAACAGCAAGCCCUGAAGGAUUUUGAAUUAAUAUUAAACGAGGAAAAAGACAAAAAUUGUACGCAGGAUGAAAAUGUUAGUCGUGAAUUUGAAGUUAGGAGUGAUGUUAGUUUUGAAAAACAGAAGGCUUUAGAAGAUCUUGAAUUAAUAAUGAACCAGGAGAAAAAACAAAAUUUUACGCAGGUCGGAAAUUUUGAUCGUGAACCUGUAGAAAUCAAUUUUAAUUUAAAAGAUCAACAAGCUGUAGAAAACAAGGAAUUUUUAGUGAACCAAAAGACAACACAAGACUGUAAAAAAAUAGAAAAUACUAAUCGCGAACUUGAAGAGGGUGAAAUCGAGGACAAUGAGAUCGAAAUGGAUCAUGACUCUGCGAGAGAACAGAGAGAAAAGUCUGCAGAACUAAUCGUUGUUCCUGAUGAGGUUAAUGAUCGGCUUUUUGAUAAUGUCAGCGAUUUUUCGGAUGUAAGUACUGUAGAUAAUUCUUAUUAUGACGAUUUUGAGUAUACCACUUCGGACAGAAAUCCGUCUCCUCCGGACGACGGUGAAUUUUCCACCUACGAAGAUGACGACCCUUGGGAUUACGUCGAAGCAUCACUGUCGGAUGACUGCGUUAUAGUCGAUGAGAUAGAAUGUCUUUCUAAAGCCGUCCAAAGUCAUACGGUGCCGGAGGAAAAUUCUUCUAAAUACAGCAGGAGAGAUCAAAGUGAUGAAGAAGUCACCGAAAGAUAUAAUAAUAAUAGUAAUAAUGAAAAGAGUAAAUCACGCAAGAGGAAAUCAUCAACGUCAAGUAACCAUGAUUCUGUUGAGGAAGUUAAUGUAGGUAAUAAAAAUGUAGAUCCUGAUUACGAUGAUUUUACUGGAAUUUGUUCCAAAGAAGAGGUUUCCGAAUUGCCUGACGAUGAUAAGAGCAUAUCAAAGAAGAGAAAAAGUCAUCAUGGCCGUGAUGAAGAUCAUCCUCUUUUUCGCGACGUGGAUGCAGAAUUCUGCGAGAAGCUGAUGCGCGUGAAGAAACAAGGUGAGAUUAUCGUUCGUCCGAGCAGCAAAGGUUCUGAUUACCUAAAAAUAACCUGGAAAGUCACCGAUGGUAUAUGUCAACAUAUCAAGGUCAAGAAAAAAUUAAAAAGUCGUUCAUCAAACAGAUACAGGUACUGGAUUAAUAAUAAAGAGUUUCGCAGUCUUGAUGAUAUAAUCAAUUCGUUUGUCACGCCAAUGGCGGAAAAUGCUUUGAAGUUACUUGAAUAUAAACACUUCAAGCAAGGAAUCAACGGUGUCAAAGCAACUGCUGAAGAAUUAUUAAAAGCUGAAAAAAAUAAAAACCCGAAUUGUAUACCAUACAUAAUAUCUGCGGUAAAAAAAUCUCCAGGGAAAUUUUUAAUUUCUUAUUUACCUCGGGUAACUUGCUACCACGAGUACAUCAAAAUUGUUGCAGAGGGUUUUCGUUUCCGCGAUCAACCGUUUGACAACCUCAUCGACUUGUUGAUUUACUUCAAAGCCAACUCCAAAGAAGUCAAGCCUGUUGCAUUGAAAGACGAAAUUGUGACGUCAACGACGACUUCACGCCCGGGAACUCCAAGACCUCCUACACCCAAAAUUCAUGAUCUAACGCCUUCAAUUUUGGAAGUUAUUCAAGAUCUUCCUGAUGAAAAGUUGGAGUCCAUGAGGCAGAUCCUUGAUAGCUUGGCUCAAUCAGCGAGCAAUCCGCCAGCUUUCAACCAGAAUCGAACACCGCCUUUUAUGUUCAACGGGUAUCAUCAUCAACCAUUCGCACCUGUUCCUUUUCCUUUUCCAUCGUACCAACAAACAUUUAGACCAGUUGGACUCGGCUUGCCACCUGGGAACAACGUACCUUUACCUGUGCCAUAUCCCAAAAACUUAGACUUACCUGUGCCAAAUUAUAACCUACCAAGUACUAGUCGUGUAACGAAUUUGCCAUUACCUCCGGGCACUUGA